ACUAACCACUCCAGAGGGCGGGGGAGAGAAAGGUUUAGAGAAAGGAGAUCUGGGAGGGACUGGAGGGCUGAACAGGAGUUGUGAAGGGAAGGCGACAAAAUCAAAGGCAGAGCGGAGGCAGUGAAGGUUGGGGGAGGCGGAGAACAGGCUGGGAAUAAAGGGAAGGAGGAGACGGAAAGAUCAGAAGGGAUACACUUCAUAUUGGAUACGGAUCUGCUCGCUCACAGAAAAGAAUAAGAACAAAGCUAAUCUGCUGGCUGCUGCAGCUGGGACCGAAGGCUGCUGGGAGUCUGUGUCAGUGUCUGAGCGUUUCGGGUAGUGACACGUUUGUUCCCCGGAUCUGGGAGAUAUUUGAGGAUUUUCUUUGUGUGACCAUUAGUAGUUGAAAGUGCCGUGUUCAAACAGCAAGAGAUGAGUGGAUCACACACUGCUAUAGCCCCGUUAGCACCUUGUAUGGAGGGUCUUCCACCACUGCCAAAAAGCCUCAGUGGACUUCUUAAUUCUAGUGGAGGAUCUGGCUGGAGGGACCUGGAAAGAGUCUAUGCUCAGAAGUCUCGUAUCCAGGAUGACUUAAGCCGUGGUGGCACAAGUGGUAGUGUCCAAGCUCAUCCUAAACCUCCAAAUCUGGAUGCAGCUCUGGCACUCCUCAGGAAAGAGAUGGUUGGACUUCGGCAGCUGGAUAUGUCUCUCCUGUGUCAGUUGUAUUCCCUGUAUGAGUCCAUUCAGGAAUAUAAAGGUGCUUGCCAGGCUGCAUCCAGUGCUGACUGUACCUAUGCAAUGGAGAAUGGGUUUUUUGAUGAGGAAGAGGAGUAUUACCAAGAAGCUGGAUCCCUUCAUAAGAUCGGGAGGGAAAACUCCGAAGGAACCGUAUCGCCCAUUUCCAACGAGGACUGGAUACUAGAAAAUAUUUAACUCCUCAAAUACACUGAUGGAUGGAGCCAAGAAAUUCUAUUAUCGGUGCUGAAACAAUUUACUCUCCUUGCUUUCCAGGCAACUUUAUAGGAACGGGACAUCUGCAGGCAUGUUUAUGGAGAGGUCUCUCAUGGCCGCCCGGCCUGUUAGCAUUGCUACAAUCUAGUUAAAAGAAACUUUCAAAUCAAGUGCCUUUUAACAUCCAGAUAGCACUUACUUGUUUUAAUUGUAGGGGAAAGUAUUUUCCAGAACACCACAUUUCAUGUUUCUAGAAAUGUUGCUCCUUGUUGGGGGGGGAAAAGAUCUACUUUGUCUUUCACCAGAACAUUUGAAGUCGCAGCCAUAAAUCACCUCUAAGAGCUUACAAGGUUACAGUACAGGUAGUUUGACUACAAUUCCUACGCGCAAAACGUAUUUAUGUGCACAGAAAUUUUAGAGCUCAGACUGUGGCAAGAUCUUUUUUUUUUCACUGUUUGAUAAAUAUGCCACUUUGUCUCCUCCUUCCUGAUUUUCAAUACACACUUUCUAAGCAGCUCUAUCAUUAUGGUACAAAUGUUUAUUAUAUGUAUGCGUGCUGUUAUAAUUUACAGAUAUGAUUUUUCCUUAUAUGAUGUUUCCUUUUAUUGCUAGGAAAUAUAUGGGGUUUUUUUAUGUCUUGCCCUAAAGAGGGCAAAAUCUGAAAGUAAAUUCACAUUCCUGUUUGUAGGACUACCGUUAAAACAAAUCACCAGUUUAAUGAGAAGCCUCUAUAUCAGUGAUCCCCAACCAGUAGCUCGUGAGCAACAUUUUGCUCCCCAACCCCUUUGAUGUUGUACUCAGUAGCCUCAAACAGAUGCUUAUUUUUGAAUUCCAGGCUUGUUUAGGUUGUAUAAAAACCAGAUGUACUGUGCCAGUUUACACAGGACUACCAAAAAGCCAACCAAUCACAUCCCUUAUUUGGCACCACCCAGGAACAUUUUUCAUGCUUGUGUUGCUCCCCAACUCUUUUUACAUCUGAUUGUUGCUCACGGGUGAAAAAGGUUGGGGACCCCUGCUCUAUAUAAUGAGCUUGUCCUUCUCACAAAGCCUAAUGAGAGCUCCAGCUGGGGGAAGGAAUGGAACUGUUUAUACAAAGGACUUCUGAUCUGUUUUGAUUGCGCUCCUAUGAACCAGAAGACAAAUGCAACUUUACUUACAGUUUCAACUUUUAGGGUUUACUGCCCUUUAAACACCUGCAAAUAUUAUACAUUUUGUAUGGUAGAUAGGGAUGGGCGAAUUUGACCCGUUUCGUUUCACCAAAAAUUCGCCGCCGGCGAAAUGUCGCCGACGCCCAUUAAAGUCUAUGGGCGUCAAAACAGUUUUGUCGCGCUGCAAAUUUUGUUUGACGCGCGUCUUUUUAUUUUGACGCACACCGCCCUA